AUGGGAUCCGUAGUCAUUCCUCACCUUGUCACCGGCUGGCACGUCGAUCAAGCAAUCCUCUCGGAAGAUGAACGGCUCGUUGUCAUUCGUUUUGGCCGCGACUGGGAUCCCGACUGCAUGCGCAUGGAUGAAGUCCUCUACAAGAUAGCCGAUCGAGUCAAGAAUUUUGCCGUCAUCUAUGUUUGCGACCUCGACCAGGUCCCCGAUUUUAAACAAAUGUACGAGCUCUACGACCCUGUCACCCUGAUGUUCUUUUUCCGCAACAAGCACAUGAUGUGUGACUUCGGUACCGGUAACAACAACAAAUUGAAUUGGGUUUUGGAGGACAAACAAGAGUUGAUUGAUAUCAUUGAAACAAUCUACAAGGGGGCGAAAAAAGGCAGGGGCUUGGUGGUGUCGCCGAAAGACUACUCAACACGAUACCGGUAUUGA